UACAGGGUCCUGGUGGUAACCCGAGGAGUUUUCCUCCAGGUCUCCUGGACAGAUGGAAAACCUGACGUAACCUCAGGCUAAGCUUGUGUUUUUGGAAAAUAAGCUGACUGGUUCGUGAAGUAGCCACGAGGGUCGUAGGCUGUCAGCUAGCUGCCUUGUGGCAGCCACAUAGCACACAGGUGUUUAGAGCUUCAGCUAUCAAAAUGGGCAGAAUUUUCCUUGAUCAUAUUGGUGGUACCCGUCUGUUUUCCUGUGCAAACUGUGACACGAUCCUGACCAACCGCUCGGAACUCAUCUCCACUCGGUUCACAGGCGCCACCGGCAGAGCAUUUCUCUUUAACAAGGUGGUUAACCUGCAGUACAGUGAAGUUCAGGACCGGGUCAUGCUCACUGGCCGUCACAUGGUUCGAGAUGUGAGCUGCAAAAACUGCAAUAGCAAGCUGGGAUGGAUCUAUGAGUUUGCCACUGAAGACAGCCAGCGCUACAAGGAAGGCCGCGUGAUCCUGGAACGAGCACUAGUUCGAGAGAGUGAGGGUUUUGAGGAGCAUGUACCGUCUGAUAACUCUUGAAGAAAGAGAGACCCAUUCAUCUUCUCCCAGGUCUCCUUCACUGAAAACAAAAAUCUACUUACAUACACUGUCACCUGAGCAUCAGAGUCGGAUUCAUGAACUGCAGAACAAGAAGUUGUGAGAAUCUAAGAUGGAACCUUUCUUUGUUUCUUUUUUUUUUAAUUUUGCAUUUUCCAUCCAAUAGCAGUGUGUAGAGAGAAUGUUAUGCAGACGCCAUUAUUUUUCCCUGUGUUUACAUCUUGAGGCAGAGGAGUCUGCAACUAUAAGGUGGGCUGUGUGAGGAAAAAAAUUCUGGACUGUUCGAGAGUGAGGAAGUGUUUUAUGUAAAAUUUGGGAGGAAAAUAUGUCAAGAGCAUGGUUUUUAAACUUAUUUUGGCUUCAUGUUAAAACAUUUUUCUCUAAGAAGUCAUUUGAUUUGCUAGCUUCAGAGAAGAGAUCCGAAUCUGUGCCCAACGCUAAAGGCUCAGUGUUAGCAUGGCUUGUGCUGGCCGUGUGCCAUAUUCUUGUUGGAGAUGAACCGUGGCCCAUUCUUCCCUGUCAAUCUUGGCUGUCCCUUGUGACGUGUCACCACGUAACUGGUGUUGAUGGCGUAGAACUACUUGGUUGCCUUUUUUUUCCGUGUAACUUAAGCAUAGUAAUAUAAAUAAAGAAAUAGUUGGA